AUGAAAAAAAAAGCAUAAAUAAACUAAAAAUUUAAAUAUUUAAAUAAUAUAUAAAAUGAAGAUUUAAAUACUUUACAGAGCCUCAAUCUAAGCUUAAAAAACAAAAAGUUAGGAGAUAAAGGGAUAGAAGUCUUAUCUACUGAAAUCGUAUAAUUAAAAAGCUUGCUAAAUCUUAAUUUAAACUUAGAAUACAAUUUGAUAUCAGAAAAUGGACUUUAGAUAUUAGCAUAAAAAAUAGCUUAAUCAUGCUUUUUAACCAAUUUAUCUUUGAAAUUAUAAGAAAAUAAUUUUGGAGAUACAGGAGUAAUAUUAUUGGGCGAAGAAUUAUCAAAUCUCUAAAAAAGCUUAAAAAAGCUAUCUAUUAAUCUAGGGAGUAACGAAUUGUAUUCUUCAGGGGUUUUUGGCUUUGUAUAAAAAAUAGCAAAGUUAAAUUAAAUAUCUGAUUUGGAGCUUAAUUUUGAAUAUAAUUAUUUACUCCAAAACGAUGUACCAGAAAUUGCAAGUUGUAUUACAUAAUUAGGCAAUCUUUAAACUUUAAAGCUUAAAUUAGGGGAUAACUAAAUAGAAGAUUAAGGGUUAGCUAAUCUUAGUUAAGAAAUGAAGUUCUGGGUUAAUUUAUAGCAUUUGAAUUUAAUAAUAAAUGUGGCAAAAGUCACAGAUGUAGGAGUAUCAGAGUUGUCCAAAGGAAUUUCUAAUAUGAUUAAUCUAAAAAGUUUAGAAAUAGAUUUAGAAAAGAAUAACAUAAUUAACUAAGGAGCAAUUUCACUCGGAAAUUCUAUAAAAAAUCUAAAACAUUUAGAAAAACUUAGCAUAAAUUUAACUGAUAAUGUUAACCUAGAAAAAAGUGUAUUAUGCAAAUUCAUAGAUGAUAUAUCAGAGUGUAUCAAAUUGCAAAAGUUAAAUCUUUUCUUAUCUUACAUCUCUAUAUAUAGUAGUGGAAUAUCUAGUAUCAGUAGAUCUCUCUUAAAGCUGUCAAAUAUCUAAUCAUUAUUAAUUGAAACUAACUUUUGUUCUAUUGGAAUCGAAGGUUAUAAAUAAUUAAUUUCUGAUAUGUCAAAAUAAAAGAAAAUAAGCAGCUUUACACUUGACUUGCAGGAUAAUGUAGUUGGUAGUUAAGGAGAAUAACUAGAUCAAUAUAGUAUUAGAAAACAAAAGUAUUUAGUAUAAAAAAAGUUGUUUUUAUGA